UGCUUUCGUAGAACUCUCUGUCAGCACAGAGUGUAUGAGCACCACGAUGAGUUUGACAGGCAAGUUGCUUAUUCCACUGUUCGGUGUGGUGCUGCUCUGUGGCGUAGUGCUGGCGGGCGAGCUCAACUACGACGACAUCAACUCGCUACCGGUGGAGGAGAAACGUCGCAUCAUCCGGGAGCUGCUGCGGGCCCAGCGGGACAUCCGGGGCGCUCUGCUCAAAAUCCACUACAGCCUGAACGGCGAGGAGUUCGAUGCGGACGGCAAGGAGGACCCGUACUGGCAGGGCUGCUGGGAUAAGGAACUGGCCGGCUACAGGCAAUACUUGGAGGAACGGAUGAGCGCUCUGAGUGAAAGUGUGAAGCAAUCGCACACGAUGAUGGACGAGAUCAUCGAUCGCGUCAAGCCUUACUGGUACGGUCAUCACAAGCCGGGAUAUGGUGGACCGUACGGUGAGUAUGGUCCCCCCGGAUAUGGUCCCAGCUACGGAUCGGGAUACGAAAGCGGGUACAGACCGGAACACCCAUCGACGCCCGAAACAACGAGCUACAGGCCGACCACGGAGUCGUACCAUCCCGGCGGGGACGAUGACGAUGAUUACUACGCCCGGAGUCGCCCCGUAGGUGGAAGUCGACGAUACGGCCGCGAGCUCGAUGUGACAAAGGAAACGAACGAGGAAGUGCCGGUUCCGGAGGUGAAGGUAGACCCGAUCGAGGAAGCUGCAGUAGUCGACGCACUGGACCAGUUGGCCGAGGAAAAGCCGUAGGGAAGCACGAAAUGAGACACAAAACAAACCACAGCAAGGAACACAGCUAGUAUUAUUUAUUAAGAACACUUUGGACGCAUGCUACACUAAAUCCAAUCGCUCUCGGUUGAAAUAAAUCAAACACACACUGAA